AUGACAAACGUCGACACUUCUCUACCUCCAGAACCAAGUGGCGCGGCCGCUAAGUUUGCUGCUCAGUAUGCUGAAGAACAUCCGGUGAAGCUCUACGGAGGCUGGUUCUGCCCUUUCGUCCAACGAACUUGGAUCACUAUUCACGAAAAGAAGAUUCCUCAUCAAUAUGUAGAGAUAAACCCAUACAAGAAAGAGGCUCACUUUAUGGCCAUGAAUCCCCGUGGAUUGGUCCCUACUCUUGCAGUGCCCGUUGAUCCGAAGGGCAAGGUGCAGAAGCCUCUGUUCGAGAGCAACAUCAUUUGUGAAUAUCUCGAUGAGGCGUUCACGGACGAGUCUAAGUAUGGGCCUCAGCUUCUUCCUACCGAUCCAUAUGAGAGGGCAAGAUGUCGUAUCUGGAUCGAUCAUAUCAGCACACGCAUCAUUCCCUCAUGGUACAAGCUCAUGCAGCACACUCCUGACAAGACUUUCAGCCUUGAUGAUGCAAGAGAAGAACUGAGAGGACGCAUCAAAUCCCUCGUUGAAGAGAUGGACACUGAAGGCCCAUGGUUUCUGGGCUCGACUCUGAGUCUCGUGGAUAUUUGCUUAGCACCAUGGGCGAAGCGCCUGUUCCUAAUUGAUCACUACAAGGAGGGCGGCCAUGGUAUCCCGGAAUCUGGGGAAGGUAAAGAUGGAGAGACUUGGAAGAGGUGGAAGAAGUGGUAUGAUGCAAUUCUCAGUCGCGACAGUGUGAAGGAGACUUGGAGUGCCGAUGAACGAUACAUCAUUGCGUAUAAGAGAUAUGCCGAGGAUACUACCAACUCUGAAGUUGGUCAGGCUACACGCUCGGGCAAGCGGCUUCCUUGA